CAACUAGUGGUCAACCCACACACACAUCCCUCCCACUUACACACACCACAAUCCCACAUAUACAUAUAUCUCCCAUUCACCAAAAACACUUGUUUCAUUCAUCUUGUUUCCAAUUCCGUUAUCAAAUAUUUCUAAAUCAUGGAAACAACAUCUCAGCUCACUUGUCAUACAAUCAAUUCUCUUUCUCGCUCAAGUGAUUACACACGAUUCAAUUCCGUUGGUCGUUUGCUUCCGAGCACUGUCAUGAUCAAACGCCGGAAUCGAGUAACUCGUGCUGUCGCAACCGAGCCGAAACCCAAGGCGACUGAACCUCGGUCGUCUAGAAGUACUGUCAAUGGAUCUCCCAUUAAUGGCACGAGAAUGGAGACAGUUUCGCAAGAGAUAAAAAGAGUUAGGGCUCAAAUGGAGGAGAAUGAGCAGUUGGCAUCACUUAUGAAGGGCCUUAGGGGUCAAAAUUUAAGUGACUCUCAGUUUGCUGCUGACGAUGUUCAACUUCGCCUUGUAGAGACUGAUGAAAGUAGCGAAUUGUUGCCAAUGGUGUAUGAUCCUGCUAGCAUUUCUGCAUAUUGGGGUAAAAGGCCAAAGGCUGUUGCCACUCGUAUAAUGCAGCUGACGUCUGUGGCAGGAGGGUUUUUAUCACGCCUUGCUUGGGAUGUGAUAAACAAAAAGGUUAAAGAGAAUGAAGUCGCUCGAGCAAUUGAGUUGAGGGAAAUCGUAACCUCUUUGGGUCCGGCAUAUAUAAAACUCGGGCAAGCAUUAAGCAUUCGACCAGAUAUAUUGUCACCUGCUGCAAUGACUGAGCUGCAAAAGCUUUGUGAUAAGGUUCCAUCAUAUCCGGAUGACAUUGCCAUGGCAUUUAUAGAAGAGGAACUUGGACAACCAUGGUACAAUAUCUAUUCGGAACUCACGACGUCCCCUAUAGCUGCAGCUUCACUUGGGCAAGUUUACAAGGGUCGACUGAAGGAAAAUGGGGAUUUGGUUGCUGUUAAGGUACAGCGGCCUUUUGUGCUUGAAACGGUAACCGUUGAUUUGUUCAUCAUAAGGAACUUGGGAUUGGCUCUUCGACGCUUUCCUCAGAUCUCUCUGGAUGUUGUUGGUUUGGUUGAUGAAUGGGCUGCUCGUUUCUUUGAGGAACUUGACUAUGUUAACGAGGGUGAAAAUGGAACAUAUUUUGCAGAGAUGAUGAAGAAGGACCUACCACAGGUCGUCAUACCCAAAACCUACACGAAAUACACAUCAAGGAAAGUUCUUACUACACAAUGGGUUGAUGGCGAAAAGCUUUCGCAAAGUACUGAAAAUGAUGUUGGGGAGCUGGUUAAUGUCGGUGUUAUAUGCUACCUAAAGCAGUUACUGGAUACAGGUUUCUUCCAUGCUGAUCCACAUCCUGGAAAUAUGAUUCGCACUCCAGAUGGGAAGCUUGCUAUUCUUGAUUUUGGUUUGGUAACGAAGUUGACGGAUGACCAAAAGUAUGGGAUGAUUGAAGCUAUUGCUCAUCUUAUUCAUAGAGAUUAUGAUGCAAUUGUCAAAGAUUUUGUGAAACUUGGUUUCAUUCCAGAGGGUGUAAAUCUGGGUCCGAUAUUACCUGUGUUAGCCAAAGUAUUUGACCAGGCCCUUGAAGGUGGGGGCGCAAAAAAUAUCAACUUCCAGGAGUUGGCAGCUGAUUUGGCUCAAAUAACAUUUGACUAUCCAUUUCGCAUCCCUCCUUAUUUUGCUCUUAUCAUUAGAGCAAUAGGAGUUCUUGAGGGGAUAGCUUUAGUAGGAGAUCCAGAAUUUGCCAUUGUGGAUGAAGCAUAUCCAUAUAUUGCGCAGAGACUACUUACUGAUGAAUCUCCACGUUUAAGGAGUGCUUUGCGUUACACCGUAUAUGGAAAAUCUGGAGUAUUUGAUGCUGAAAGAUUUAUAGAUGUGAUGCAAGCUUUUGAGAGUUUCAUAACAGCAGCCAAAAGUGGUGGCGGGGAAGAUAUGAAUGGUGAUAUGGCUGGACUUGGUAUUAUACAAAGUCAGACAAACUUUAACUUACCAAUGUUCCAGUCGGGUGGAUCUCAAGAAUCGCCAGUUCAAACAAGAGCAGCUUUGGCGUUUCUGCUGUCUGACAAAGGGAAUUUCUUUCGAGAAUUUCUCUUGGACGAGAUUGUGAAAGCCAUUGACGCUGUUACUAGAGAACAGUUGGUCCAAGUAAUGGCAGUAUUGGGAAUCCUAAACCCAACACCAGUUUUUAGCAUGGUUCCUACCUUUGGAACCAUAAGGCCCAUGGGUUUAAUUCCUUACAUAACUGAGGAAGACAAAGUUAUAUUAAACAAUGUUCAAAAGAUUGUUGGAUUUUUAACUUCUCAAGAUUCAAGACCUAGAUCACCAGAUCAGGGUUUAGAUGUGACUCGUGUCAUCCAAGAACUUAUCCCCAUAAUGCCCGGUUUAUCAGCUAAAGUGCUUCCUGAAGUGCUAAGUCGGUUAUCUUCCCGAGUUAUGGCUCGCUUGAUCCGGGAUACAUUUUUGUAAUUUAAGACGGAAGCAACUGGCCACACAAUUGUGCAUAUGAUAGGAACUGUUAUUGAACUUCUAAAAUUGUAACCGAGUUCAAUUUCUUUUGCCAAUCUACUUGGCUCGCACGCAUUUACACUUACCUGAUACUUUGAGUUGUAUAGAACUUUAGGACAGGCAACGUGGCAGAUGGACAAAUGUAAAGUUGUAAAAGGAAAAUAAUACAGAUCUUAAAACUUAUUUUAUGCCA